AUGGCUGAUCGACGACGCAUUAAUGGCCCUGGAGGUGCCACCAUACCUCCUUUCUUUGAAGCCGAUGAAGUGGCUGUUUCUAAUCGCACUCGCGCACCAAACGGUAUCAGGGCGCAAUAUCUAAAGACUGGAGUUACCCCAUCUGCCUCCGGGUCAGCAUACCUAGAAGUCGAAUCACUGGAUACAUCAGGCAGCAAAGGCAUGAAGCUCACAUGCACUGUUCAUGGGCCGAGAUCACUGCCUCGAUCAGCACCCUUCUCUCCUCACAUGGUCCUCUCCACACAUGUCAAGUAUGCUCCUUUUGCAACACGGCAAAGAAGAGGAUAUUUGCGUGAUGCUAGCGAGCGUGACUUGAGUACGCACCUCGAGGCGGCCCUUCGCGGCGCUCUAAUUGCAGAUCGAUGGCCAAAGAGUGGUGUAGAUGUGAUUGUCACCAUCAUCGAAGGAGAUCAAGCUCGGCAAGUAGCCGUAGAACAGGGAAGCGAGGAAUGGGAUGUGAUGAACGUUCUAAGCGGCUGUAUCACUGUCGCCGCAGCUGCUCUUGCUGAUGCUGGUAUCGACUGUGUCGACACGGUUUCUGGAGGAGUAGCCGCACUGGUGCCUGGGCAGAAUAAUGAUGAGCCCACCAUGGUUCUCGACCCAGUCCCUUCUGAGCACUCACAAAUCCUUGCAGCUUGCUGUGUGGCAUAUCUCCCUGCGCGGGACGAAAUCACAAAUCUUUGGUUGAAAGGAAGCUUACCUUCAUCUGAUGCCAAUCUACAUCGGAAUCUUGUCGCUCGAGCAGUACAUGCCAGCAAAGGAGCAAACCUCGCAGUAUCCACAUCACUCAAAGAAUCAGUCCUUGCAGGUUGA